AUGACCUCUGUAGAAAGGAUUCUUGAAUAUUCAAGUCUUCCUCAAGAGGAAUCCAUCAUCUCGGAGAAUCAGCCACCGUCGACAUGGCCGUCCCAAGGACAAUUAAUCCUGAAGAAUGUUAAUAUGAAAUAUUACAGAGAAGGUCCAUUAGUUUUGAAGAAUCUGAACAUAUCCCUCGAGCCUGGUUGGAAAGUUGGGGUGGUAGGACGAACUGGCGCCGGUAAAUCCUCCUUGAUCUCGGCACUCUUCCGUCUGUUCGACGAAGGUCUGGAGGGCGAGAUCAUGCUCGAUGAUCGGGACACAAGCACUGUAGGCUUUAGCGAGCUGCGCUCCAAGAUCUCCAUUAUACCGCAAGAACCGGUGCUCUUCUCCGAGAGUCUGCGUUAUAAUCUGGAUCCGUCCAAUCAGUACGACGACAUGAAAUUGUGGGAGGUGCU